CUCAAGCAUAUGGAAUUUAUGGGGGUGAAAACACACACUCAAUCCUAUGAUUCUCACAACGAAUCAGUCCUUAAACUCCAGCAGAAGCUAACAAUCGAUCUUGUUCCUCCAUAAAUAUUAUGCAUCCCGAAUUCGAUUUUACCUUACGUUGAUUUUUCUCCCCCAAAAUAAAAAAAUUCAAUCGGAAAGCAAUAUUAAUUAUCAAGCAUGGCGGUGGCUACUUCUGUCCAAACCCUCACAGACAAGCUAAAGGCCAUGCUGGCCGACGAAGAGCUAACAAUCACACAUCAACGGUCGACGGGACAAAUCCGCCGUUGCGUCGAAUCGCUCCAAAACCUCAUGCUCUCCCUCACCCCCGAUCAAGAGAUCCACAUUGUUGAAAAGCUUGAGAAAAACAGAGACCUCCUCGGCCGGAUUUACGCCGCCGAGGACUGCGUCGACACCUUCACCGUGAACGUCCAACAACAACAACUCCACAGACGGAGAGCAGUCUUCUUCGCCGGGCCGUUGCGGAGAGCGUCGAUCAGUAGACAGAUCCGGCUGGUCGGCGGCCAGAUGAAGGAGCUCGCCGGCAAAAUGGAGGAGAUCCUCGUGACUCUGCCUGAACUAUCCAGGAACAUAGGUGAGCCAAGUUUUCAGGACGGGUUUUAGUGUUCAUAUUUUGCAUAAGGAUAAAAAUGGGGUGGGUUUAGUUGAUUCCCGUAAAUCAUUCUCAUUUCCACCUUCAAAAUACACAAAUUCAUAUCCGCUCAAUAUCCAUGUCAGGAGGAUUUGCAAUUACAUUCUCAUAUCCGUAGUUACGUUUUCGGAUAUCCGUACGUAAUAAAUCACAAAUUUAGUAUUGUUAUACCUAAAAGUUAACAUGUAGAUCUUCUGUUGUAGUAAAACUAAACGGAUUAAAUAAAUCACGAAAUCAACAAAGAUACUAUCGUUCCUAAUAAAGCAUCAAAUCGUACAAAACAUCCAUUAAUCCAAAAGAAAAAUAUAAUACCACGCAAAUCAUUCAUCUGAUCAUCUCUGGCUAUAACACAUAUACUAAGCAAUAAACAACUAACAUUAACAAGGAGAGAGAGUGAAAGAAUGAAGGGUGAACUAAGGGGAAACAAAUUAGUUUUUGGUUUGGAUGACCAAUCAAUUGCAUUUUGGUUCUUUAUUUAUUUUGAAUUGUCAUUCCUGUCAUUGAGAUGUUACAAUAUGAUUUAUAUAUGAAGCGAUAAUUUUGGAGCGUCGAAUAUGUGUACAUAUAGAUAUGAGACGGGGAGUCUAAAAUCAUAUCUGCCCCAUCCCAUUUUUUUUAACGUAUUUUACCCAUAAUAUCGGGGGCGAUCAUGUACCUGCAAUCACUACAAGAAAAGGGGUUUCAACAACCAUUUUCUUAGUGACCAUAAGAAAAUUGUUGCUAAUAACUAGGCUUUUGGAUUCAUAAAAUGAUUGGUGAUGCCCAACUUUUGAGCAACCAUCGUACGUGGUCGUCAAUAGGUCAAAACUUCUGCAACCAUUUUGCAAGUGGCUGCCACUACCUAACUCUUCAACAAUUAUAAAUUAAAUGGUUGUAAAAGAAUUAAUACUUCACCAACCAUUGUCAAUAUAGUUGUUGUCUUGCUGGUACUUGAUGUUUGCGCAACUAUUACUUAAAUGGUUGUCGAUUGAGGAAAAUGUGAGCAACGAUUUGAAGGAUGGUUGAUGAAAUGCCAAUACCUCAUCAACCAUUACCAAAAUAAUUGUUGAUAAUUGAUGUUUGAGCAACCAUUACUGAAAUGCUUGUCGAUUGAGCAAACUUUAUAUAUGACGGCGGUGACUGCAUCCAACCUCUAGUCUCCUAGCUACUAACCACCUCCAACAGGUGAGGGCCAUUUCAGUUCAAAUCGAUACCUAGUUUUGCUUCUUCUUCUCUGAUUCACUACAGUUUUCUGUUGAGGUCUAUCCUGUAGAGUUACUCAAAUUUGAUUAGUGAUCGAUUUCAUCGCAACUUAGGCGCACCAAAGAAAACAUCAUUUUUAACCAUCGUAACUUAACCACCGUAUAAUAUACAAUGGUUGUUAAUGGACUAAUAUGGUAGUUAAUAAAUUUGUAAGGGCCAA